UUCCAAAUGGUACCUUGUUCUAACCUCUUUUUUGCUGGUGGGCAUGUUCGCGUAGUCUGUUCCCUGUGGUUGUCGUCUUCUCUCUCAUUCGCUCGCUCUGUUUUGAUCUAUCUGGGUGGGAAAAGCCAGCCACUCUUCCGCGGCUUUCAUCGGUCUUGCAAUGGAUGGAUGAAUGUACUGUAUGUACUUUGUGCAGCAGCAAGGUCUAGCUGGCGCAAGAUUUCAACGUGCGCUACAUGGCUCGCGGCGGGGCGAACCUUUUGGCAAUCGAUCCUCCAACCCAUCGCAAACACAGUGACCAUCGGCGACGAACUCAAGUUAUCAUCAGCCCGCCACGUCAAUAACAACGUCACGCGCGCACACUUGUUGAGUGAAUAA